AUGGCAGAAACAAAUAUUGUGAUUAUUGGAGCUUCCACUGUGGGAAAUACUGCAGCUCACAGCUUCCUGCAAGAUAUCCAAAGCUUAAAAGCUAAAGUCACUUUAAUCAAUCCUUCCCCGAACUUCUAUUGGAACAUUGCUGCUCCCCGUAUCAUCGCCAAACCUCAAGCUUUCCAGCCAGACCAAUAUCUCCUUCCAAUUGAGAGUGUAUACUCCCAAUAUUCAGCUGACUCAUUUGAGUUUAUUGCUGGUCUUGCGACUGACAUUGAUCCAACCUCUAAGACCGUAUCGGUGACCCCUAAUGAUGGUGAGGCAAGGACGUUAUCCUACGAUUAUCUCCUGAUCGGUUCCGGAGCCACUACUCCUGCUUCUACGGGUGAAGUCACCGGGUUCCCCAUCCCUUUCAAAGCGUCCGGGCGCGAUGACAUCCAGGAACUCCUUGAGGCAGCCCAGAAGAAAAUCGCCAGCGCCAAGAACAUUGUUAUCGGUGGUGCGGGUCCAAUCGGUGUGGAGUUGGCUGGUGAACUUUCCGAGUCUGGGGAUGUCUCUAUCACACUGGUCUCUGCGACAGACCGAGUCUUACAGAUGCUCAAAUCGUCCGCUAGCUCUGCUGCUGCAAGCCAACUGAAAAAGAGAAAGGUCGAUGUGCGGGUCUCCACGCGCGUGGUGAAUGUCGAGGCUUCGGGCGACUCUUGGAUUGUUUCUCUGGACAGCGGCGAGAAGCUCACUACCGAUCUUUACAUCCCAACCACCGGCUCUACCCCCAACAACGCUUUCAUUCCUGAAUGUUUCCUGGGCACGGAUGGCUGGGUGAAGGUCGACAAAGAACUACGUGUUCAAUCUUCGCAAAGCUCAUCGCCCUUAUCUAUCUAUGCGGCUGGCGAUAUCAACUGCAAUUCUGUGCGUCUUGGAUUUAAGGCUGUCGAGCAGGCUCGUAUCGCCGCAAACAACAUCAAGGUGGAUAUUCUCCGCCGAGGCGAGCGAAAAAAGUACGACCAGGGUGACAGUAUCUUGAUGGUUGUUCCUAUUGGUGAAAAUGGUGGCACUGGGCAGAUUUUUGGUUUUGUUCCCUUCAGCUUCUUUAUCAAAUUGAUCAAGGGCAAAGACUUCUUCAUCUCCAAGGCGCUGGGGGUCCUAGCUGGGACCAAUUGA